AUGUGGAAGAAAGUAGAAAUUAAUAUCAAUGAUCAUGUGAAGGUCCCCAUAAUUACCAAAGAUUUAUCAACAGAAGAAUAUAGUACAGUAUAUGAUGAUUACAUAUCCGAAUUAGCUAUAAAUGAAAUAGCACUAGACAAACCAUUAUGGGAACUUCACAUUUUCAAUUACCCAACAAAGAGUGCUUCUGCUACUUUGAUAUUCAAGUUUCACCAUGCCAUUGGCGAUGGUACCUCGCUCAUGGGAAUCGUCUUAUCUUGCAUUCAACGAUCCGAUGAUCACUCAAAACCUCUCACAUUCCCAGCUGGAACUACUUCAAGGGAGAACAAACAUACUCAUAAAACUAUAAUGAAAGUUAUUAACAUUGUGCCUAAACUUAUGGCUUCUACAUUCUAUUCCUUUUAUGAUUUUGGAGAAAGUCUUAGGUUAUUAUAUUCCGAAGAUGAUCGAACUCCAAUCAGGUCUGGAGAUACAGAUAUUAAUCAUCAUUAUAGUCUUUGUAGAGUUGAUUUAUCUCUUAUUGAUGUCAAAAGAAUCAAGACAACUCUUGGAGUGACCGUAAAUGAUGUUGUGGUCGGGAUAAUAUUUCUGGGAACGCGAUUAUAUAUGCAAGAAAUCAACCAUGGACAAAUAAACAACACGCGAUCAAGAAUUGUAAUAACAUUUAAUAUCAGGAGUGACAAAAGAUAUGCGAGGCCUGAAGAAAUGGUUGAAGAACACACCAAGGUUCCAUGGGGAAAUAGAUUCGCACUUUAUGAUUUACCAAUUACAAAUUUAAAGGAGGAUGAUUUUAGAAAUCCGCUCAAGUUUAUAUUGAAAGCUCACAAACUUAUCAAGAGAAAGAGGAAUACUCCUUUAGCUAUUUAUCUUUUCUACGGCUUCCUUGGUGUUAUACGGCUUUUUGGUGGCCUUGAGGCUGCCACAAAAACCUUUGAGCGAACGUCGAAAAAUUGUAGUUUUGUUAUGACGAAUAUGAUGGGACCAACAGAGAAAAUGAGCCUUGCAAAUCAUCCUGUCAAAGGCUUUUAUUUCAUGCCUACUGGAGUUAGAUCGAGUUUAACAGUUUCAGUGAUGAGUUAUAUGGAACAGUUGACAAUUGGUUUAGUUGUUGAAAAAGGGUUCAUCGACCACAACAGAUUAAUGAAAUGUGUGGAGAAAGCCUUUCAAUUGAUUCUCCAAGCUGCCACAACUACUUCAAAUUCCGGCCAAAAGUCUUAA